AUGGGAAAUCGAAAACAGAAAUGGACUUCAGAGGAAGAAGAAGCACUAAGAGCAGGAAUAGCCAAACAUGGUACUGGCAAGUGGAAAAACAUCCAAAAAGACCCAGAAUUCAAUCCUUUCCUUUUUGCCCGCUCCAAUAUCGAUCUUAAGGAUAAAUGGCGGAAUAUGAGUGCCAGUGCCGGUGGCCAAUGCCAGAGGGAAAAAUCGCGGACACCAAAACCAAAAGCGAUUUGUGAUGAUCCUGCUACUGCUGCUUCUCCAAUUCCAGAUUCGAAUCUACAAACUUCUGCUUCUAUUGCUCCGAUUAAGGCAGAUCUUGCCGUUGAUGAAUCUUCAAAAAGCAUAAUACAUGGGAAAGGUGCCCCAAAGUAUAAUGCAAUGAUCUUUGAAGCAAUUUCAGCCUUGAAUAAGCAACCUGGAGCGGACACCAGUGCAAUUGUGAGCUACAUCGAGCAAAGGCAAGAGGUACCACAAAAUUUUAGAAAGCAAUUAAGUGCAAGGUUAAGAAGAUUGGUUGCACAGGAAAAACUUGAAAAGGUUCAGAAUUGUUAUAAAAUAAAGAACAGUUCCCCAUUAGGGACAAAAAUGCCUACCACUAAACAGAAAGAUGCCCAACCUAGGCCUCUACAGAACAAGGGUUGCAUAAAUUCCAGUGAUACCAUGGAAGAAGCUGCAGCAGCGGCUGCCUACAGGGUUGCUGAGGCAGAAAACAAAUCAUUUGUUGCAGCUGAAGCAGUUAAGGAAGCAGAAAGGGUUUCAAAGAUGGCUGAAGACACAGAUUCGCUACUACAAUUGGCCAAAGAGAUAUUUGAGAAAUGUUCACAAGGUGAGAUUGUGCUUAUUGCUUGAGAUACAUAUUUAUGCCUUAUCAAGUGAGAAGGAUGACCAUUUCAACUAAAAUGCGUGUAAAUAUUGUCAUGUUUCUUUCCACAUUUUUGUCAGAUGUGAUCGAGCUAAAGAAAAGGGCUGUUUUGUAGUAAUAAUUGUCAUGUAAUUUUUCAAAUAGGGAUGUGUGAUAGUUCUUUGUAGAUUAAACAAUUUGCAGAUCAAUAUCUUGUGAUGCCUUUAUGGUGGCUCUGUUUCUAAUUCAUUUUGCUUGCACUCA